AUGACCGUCCAAUCUUCGCCUCCAGAUGUCACCGUCAAAGCUGCGAGCCCUUCCCAGCCGAUCGGUGCUCUAAGAUCAACGGUGGCCACUGCUGUGGCUGCUGUCGUAUCCGCUGCUGCGGCAUUCCGGGACGCGGCAGAAGCAGCUCCGACAAGCGUACAAGAAGCCGCUCAGCAAAGACACGCGGAGGAGGAACGGCUAGAAGCGUCGUUUUUCGACGGUGUCCGAGCCAGAGCGACACCCUCGCUAUUGUCACUCGCUGCCAUGUCAGCAGCGCCGCUGGCCAUCCCCAUUAAGAGCUCUCUUACGGCCUUCUUCUCCAACCUUCGCGCGAACCCCACCUUCAUGUCGGCUCUUAUUGCGUGGGCCCUCGCGCAAAUCCUCAAGGUGUUCACGAACCUCUACUUCAAAAAAACGUUCGACAUUCGAAUGGUUGUGUCGUCAGGCGGCAUGCCGUCGUCGCACACGGCCCUCUGCGUCGCCGUCACGACCUCCGUCGCUCUGCUGCACGGCGUGGGGGGCCCACUGUUCCCCAUCUGCCUCGCGUUCUCCUCCAUCAUUAUGUACGACGCCACCAACGUGCGCUACCACGCCGGCGUGCAAGCAGAGGUUCUGAAUGUGGUGGUGGAAGAGAUGCUGGAGGGCCAUCCAAUCAGCGAGAAGAAACUGAAGGAGCUCCUGGGGCACACUCCCUUGCAGGUGGUUGGAGGCUUCAUUCUUGGUGUUGUUACGGCUGCUGUUUACCAUUAUAAGACAGGACAAAUGUAUGGGUGGGCGUGA